GCAGUUUGAAUUUCGCGACGGCGGUCGUACGUGCUGUUGGCUCCUGAGCCGCUCCCUUUCAGCCUGAGCUGCGAGGGUUUUCUCAGCCCUGGUUUUGGGACCCGCGGAUACGUUCCUCGAGACUUCUUGACGCCCGGGCUCCGAAGCCGCUCCCGAAGCGCCAUGGCUCCGGCUAGGAAGGGCAGCAGUCGGGUGACCAAGACCAAUUCGUUGCGGAGCAGGAAGCUCGCCUCCUUCCUGAAGGACUUCGACCGUGAAGUGCAAAUCCGAUCCAAGCAGAUUCAGUCAGACAGGAUGAACCUCCUCAAGGAGAUGGAUAACAUAUACAACAUCGAGAUCCUGCGGCUCCCCAAGGCGCUGCGCGAGAUGAACUGGCUCGACUACUUCGCCCUUGGAGGAAACAAGCAGGCCCUGGAAGAGGCAGCAACGGCUGACCUGGAUAUCACAGAAAUAAACAAACUAACAGCAGAAGCUAUUCAGACACCCCUGAAAUCUGCCAGAACACGAAAGGUCAUACAAGUGGAAGAAAUGAUAGAAGAGGAAGAAGAAGAAGAAAGUAAAAAUAAGAGACUUCAAACUGCCAGAGUCAAAAGGUGCCCCGCAUCCAGGAAGAGAACCCAGUCCAUACAAGCAAGAGGCAAAAGCAAAAGGUCAAGCAAUUAUAGCACUGUUACCCCAGCUGUGGGCCGAAUGGAGCUGUCUAUGGUGAAACCAACUCCAGGCCUGACGCCCAGAUUUGACUCACGGGUCUUCAAAACCCCAGGCCUGCGAACUCCAGCAGCCAGAGAGCGGAUUUACAAUGUCUCAGUGAACGGCAGCCCUCUGGCUGACAGCAAAGAGGUUUUCCUUACUGUGCCAGUGGGAGGUGGAGAGAGCAUGAGAUUACUGGCCAGUGACUUGAAGAGGGUCGAUAUUGCACAACUGGAUCCAGAGGCCUUGGGGAACAUUAAGCAGCUGUCCAGCCGUCUUGCCCAAAUCUGCAGCAGCAUACGGACUCACAAAUGAGGCUGCUAUUCCAAGAAGCCACACUUGACAGACUGGAUCUUCAGUGGGCACUUCUGGGACCUUCCUUUCAAGCUUAUUGUCUAUUUGAGUGAAGUUCCAAAGCAGGAAGUGGUGGUGUCCCUAUGGAGAAUCCAGGAAGUAGGGAGACACUGUUCCUCCAUCAGUUAGAUAAAGUUUACUGUUCACACCUUCCAACCUAGGUGACAGAGACACUGCCCGCUGCGUCCAUGCAAUCAGAACUUCCUGUCGUUCUCCCUGCUGAAUUCUUCCUGCUCUGAGCUGCCGCUUUCUGCCUCCUGUAACUCAGCAUCCUCUUUGCCCUGCCUGACUCCAGUGGAGGUGACAUGGAAGAACCUCAUGUUCUCUGGAAGACUGCCUACUCACGCUCAUCAGGAAGCCUCUGCUUCUGGUGUUUCCACUCUGUAUGCUCGAGGCUGGGAGGUUUGUGCUCAGAGAAGUGAGAGUUCUGGGCCAUGAGAGGUCACAUCAGAAAGCGGGGAGGAACCAUACAAAUGGGGCCAGAACAGUGGGACAGGACAUGUCACAGCAGUGACCACAGCAGAACACAAUUCCCCUCCCAUGCUCACCCCCUCCUCCUGUGUAAUCUCACACCCGCUGUGCCCAGUUUUUUCAGGCUGACUUGUGGAACAUUGUUUUGUAUAUAUCUCUACAGAAGACCAAAAAUUGGUGUGGAGGCAGUUUCCAUGUCUUCCUCCUCUACCUCUCCAGUUAGUGGAAAUUUGGAUAAGGGAAUCGCGUAGGGCUUAGACUAGUCUGGGGUUGUAUGUGACUGGCACAGAGAAGGUCUCUGAGCUCUCUGUGGCCCGGUGGUCCCUGCCAGGUCUAGAGACUUUGCAGAGAGCACUUUUACUGGCUUCAUUGAGGGAGCAGCUGUAACUGGUCUGGUGCCUCAUCCCACAUUUGGCCUGUGCCCUGGGUAUGGGCCGGUUCCUCAGUCAGUGCCUCUUUCCCCAAAGAAUCAUGGGAUGUGGUCCAAGAAUGUGGGAACUGAGAGUCCCCACCCCAGGCUUGAGGGCCCACUGUUUUCUCAUGGGUGGCUCUUUGCUGUACUUUGUGUCAUUUUGCCAUGUGACCGUCCUAGUAAUCCAGUCCUGUUAAGUUGUAUUUUCAAGUUUUUUUCUCCCUUCCCUGAGACUUUUUGUACAUACUGUUUUCUUGAGUAAUGGUACCUCGAAUCUGGCUUCUAAUCAGAGCUACUGAGAGUUACCUGUUUUCAAUAAACUGGGUUUGUUUUUAAUAUGCA